AUGAAUCAACCAGUCCAACAAACCACUGGGCAGAAGACGCUGGGUCUUGCUCGCAAGAGAUCAAAAACAGAUCAAACAUUCUUUCAAUAUAUUAAGAAGCCUGCGGCCUUACCUCAUCCUGGAUUCAAUGAAACUUACGAAGCAUUUGAUGAUAGUGUCGCGUGUCCUCAGACCAGCAGAAGUGGUGCACUUUUAGGUACCAUGCAAUGCUUACAACUAAACAUUUACGUACCAAACAACGCCAACUUCAGCAACAAGAUACCUGUCAUGGUCUUCAUCCACGGAGGAUCCUUCAUACGAGGUAGCAAAAUGAUGGUAAAUCUAUCGCCUAAGUUCCUUAUUAGAAAUGACGUCAUCAUUGUCUCAAUAAACUACAGACUAGGACCAUACGGCUUCCUCUGUGUGAGUGCACCUGGCUACAGCAACCAAGGUUUGAAGGACCAGAUCUUGGCGUUGAAAUGGGUUAAAGACAACAUUGACGCAUUUGGAGGAGACACUUCCAAAAUUACAGCUUUUGGCCAGUCAGCGGGAGCCAUGACCUUAGACCUGCAACUGUUGACUAAUAAAGAUUUAGUCCAUAGAGUAAUUAUUCAAAGUGGUACGGCAUUGACAACGUGGGUUAUAGGCAAACGUAAUGAUAGUAUACCUGUAAAUUUGGCCAGUAAACUAGGAUAUUCUGGUGAUGAUGUACAUGAAGCACUAGAUUAUCUUGCCGAUAAGGAACCAAUGGAUAUCAUAAAAGCAGGUGUAGAUACAGGGAUUUCCAACGCACAUCCAUUAACUAAACCAUGUGUAGAAACAGUAGGUGACGAUGCGUACUUAACAGAUUUCCCAGUCAACCUACAGCCCCAAGUUGAAGGGAUGGAUAUUAUGAUCGGCCACACAAAUAAGGAAGUUAUGUUUAUAUAUCCGAAAGAUAACAAAGAGUACUAUGAGAAUUACAGGUUUGCAGAAGAACUAGAACAAGGUUUUAACGUUGUUUUCGAUGAGGAUAAUGUACGACAUUUUUACACAGGUGAUCAGGUGUUAAGCUUGGAAUCACAAAACAAUAUCUUUGAUUUCGGAACAGAUUUCGUUUUCGCCUACCCCACAGAGAGAUCCGUUAACAGAUAUUUGAAGGUCAAUGCAAAUAAAGUAUACCGAUACUUGUUUGCUUACGAAGGUGGUAGGAAUAAAAAUAAAUUGUUGGGUAAUUUCACUGCACCUGGAGCGUGUCACGGCGACGAUAUAGGAUAUUUGUUCGAGAUGGAUACAUUUAAGGAGAUCCAACGCCAUCUUCAACAGAUCUCAUUACUACGCGAUGGGAGCCGACUGAACCCGGAUCAACACGGCGGCCAUAUUUGGUAUUGGAUCAACCAAUCACACUAAAAUAUCGAAUAUUUCACCAAAGGUUGUCUUUCUGGGAACUUUAUUAUAAAUUGUAUAAGAAUGACGAAAGAGGUUUUAAGAAAUAAUAAAAUGUAAUACGUUCAUCAAAGA